AUGGCACCUUACGAGGCUCCGUAUGGUCGUAAGUGUUGUACUCCAUUGUGUUGGACUGAGUUGGGUGAGCGACGGGUUUUGGAUUCUGAGUUGGUUUUUGAGAUUGAGGAUAAACUUAAACUAAUUUUGGAUCAUCUUAAGGCGGCUUCUGAUAGACAGAAGUCCUAUGCAGAUCUAAAAAAAAGGGACAUCGAGUAUUCUAUGGGGGAUUAUGUGUUUCUUAAGGUGUUUCCACGGAAGAAGGUUCUACGAUUUAGACGUAGGGACAAGUUGAGCCCUAGGUUCAUUGAGCCGUAUCAGAUUCUGAAAUGUGUAGGACUAGUUGCUUAUCAUUUAGAGCAACCUCUAGAGUUAGAUUGUAUUCAUGAUGUGUUUCACAUUGAGGUUAGACUGGAUUUGACAUUUGAGGAGGAGCUGGUUCAGAUUCUGGAUGAAUAUGUUAAGGUCGUAAGGAGGAAAUCUUUUCCGUUAGUUAAGGUUCGGUGGCAGAAUCAUGGCACUGAGGAAGCGACGUGGGAACUUGAGGAUUCAAUUCGUCAGCAAUAUUUGCAUCUUUUUUAG